AUGCUUCGUAAUUUCAAAGCGUUCGCUCAUAAGUUCAUUAUGCUAGCUAGCACGGGGGCUAUUCUUUCUUCGGGCCUUCCUCGUCAAGAAAGACCCGACGAUACACAGAAGAAAAUCGAGACUGCCUGUGUGCAACGAUCCGCGGGUAUCUCGAACGAACGACAAGCCAUCAAGAUGCCGAGCCAAAAGUCCUUCCGCACCAAGCAAAAGCUUGCCAAAGCCCAGAAGCAGAACCGUCCUAUCCCUCAAUGGAUUCGUCUCAGGACUGGUAACACCAUCAGAUACAACGCCAAGCGACGACACUGGCGCAAGACCCGUCUCGGUAUCUAA